UGAGUCAAGGAGGUGUCGCAUUGGUCUCUGACAUGUGUCCAGAUCCUGGUAUUCCAGAAAAUGGUAGAAGAGCAGGUUCUGACUUCCGGGUUGGUGCAAACGUACAGUUCUCUUGUGAGGACAAUUAUGUGCUCCAGGGAGCCAAGAGCAUCACCUGUCAGAGAGUCACAGAGACACUUGCUGCUUGGAGUGACCACCGGCCGUUCUGCCGAGCUAGAACAUGUGGAUCAAAUCUGCGUGGGCCCAGUGGCGUCAUUACGUCCCCUAACUACCCGGUUCAGUAUGAAGACAAUGCGCACUGUGUGUGGGUCAUCACCACCACCGACCCGGACAAGUUAACAGAUAUUCAAGUGGCUUCUGAAUUCUUGCAUACGCAAUACUGUGAUGGAAAUCAUUAUUACGGUCGUUGUUCUGAACAAUGUGGCUCUCACCUGACAUUGCAAGGUAUCUGCAGGCACAGCCACAUUCUGGGUAGUGAGAAAGACAGAGUCCUGUCCCCGAAGAGGGCUUUCCCAGAAGCCUCACACAACAACGUUCAGUCAUAUGUCAUCGACGAAGAUGGUCAACCGGAUACUCUUAGCCGAAAGAUAUCCUAG